AUGGUUGAGCUCAAAGGAGAAGAUCCUGAAACAUUUAAGAAAUUCCCCCGCUUACCUACUGAAAUGUACGAUGAAAUUUUCGGAAGGGUUCGUCAUCGCCUCGUGAAGCAACACACUUGGUACAGGGAGCCCUUGGAUCCAGGGCUAAAGUUAGCUGCCACACUACGUCACCUGGUUUCUGGUGUCAAGUACUCAGACAUGCAGUAUUCCUGGCGGGUCUCUGAAAAUACUCUCUCUGUAGUGCCCCCCUCCACACCUGAAGAAUGGAGACAACUGGCUGAUGGUAUCCUCAAGAAUUGGAACUUUCCAAAUUACGUUGCUGCUAUUGAUGGCAAGCACAUAGCUAUCAGAAAGCCUGUCAGCUCUGGUUCCUUAUAUUAUAAUUAUAAGGGAUUUUUCAGCAUCAUCUUACUGGCCAUUGUCUACUCGGACUACAAGUUCGUAUGGUGUGAUCUGCGUGAAUUCCUGGAGAUGGUGCAGGAUGGUUCCAUCGGAUUUCAAGACCCACAGCCCUUUCCAAAUGAAACCGUCGACAUGCCCUAUUUCUUGGUUGGAGAUGACGCUUUCAGCCUUAGCGAGAACAUGCAGAAACCCUAUGGACAUAGAGUCCUGACAAGAGACGAAAUAAUCCUGAACUACCGGUUAUCUAGGGCUAGGAGAGUAUCAGAAAAUGCAUUUGGGAAUUUGGCCAACCGAUUCCAGGUACAGUAA